CAGAAAGAGGCGGGCCUAGAGUGACCGUUGAGUUUGACAGCAGCAGCUAACCGGCUGGGUUGACUGCUGUGAUUUUUUGAAACGGACUAAACAGUGUUCAAACAAAGUGUAUGUUCAUAACUAUGAGGGGGAGAAACAAUAGCAACGCCAGCAGAAGAAGCUCAACAAUUAGAAGACGCAGUGAAAACUUGCGUUUUGAUGAAUUCGGCUUUGCUCUUACUAAAAGAAAGGACCAAAAACUUCAUCACCGAUGUCACGAUUACAGCUACCCCCAGCUGAGCUCAGUCAGAGUGAAAGAGUUGUGUGAGCUACUCAGCUACUGGAAUGGAUCCAGCUUUAUCUGCAAGAGCCAGAUUGAGCGGUUUAUCAGGAUGGGUGUUCCUCCGAGCCUGCGAGGUAGAGUGUGGAAGUGUCUUCUCACCAUUGACAGCCUGAGAGAAACCAGUGACUUCAACUACCAGAAGUGCUUGUCAGAGGUGCGGGGACCUCUGGUGGACUUGGGUGUCAGUGAGUACGGCAUCCUGUCGGCAAUCGCCACGCUGAGCGAGACUCAGAACGAUCUGGGUUUGAACCAUCAGCAGCCCUCCAGCUGCCCCAAACCCCGCUACUCUGUAGACGACAUCACACUCUUUCGACAGAUCGCCCUCGACCUGCAGCGUUCCUUCCCUACCCACCGGUCUCUGAUGGGAGAGAGCCCAGAAGCCAUUGAGGGUCAAGCUAAUCUCUUCAGGGUCCUCAUUGCCUACGCCAAAUACAACCCGCAGGUUGGAUACAGCCAAGGGAUGUCCUACAUAGCUGCGGUGCUGCUGAUGCAGUUGGGAGAGGAGGAGGCGUUUUGGGCUCUGACGGCUUUGUUGGAUAAACCCAAAUAUCUGGCCGAACUGUUUGAGCUCACCCUCACCAAGAUCCAGCAUCAGGUGAAGGUAUUUGACCAGUUCCUGAAACACAGGAAGCCAAAGCUCUAUCAGCACUUGGAGUCAGUGGGAGUAUUAUCAGUCCAUUUUGUGAUGCCAUGGUUUCUCACUCUCUUCACUUCCCUGCCCUGCUGGGACUCUGUCCUGGCUGUUUGGGAUCUCAUCAUACUACACGGCCUGUCAUCUGUGUUCCGUACUGCUCUGACUAUCAUUGAGCUUCUGGAGCCUCGACUGAUGGACCUUAAUGACGAGGGAGCAGUGUUACCCCUGCUGCUGCGAGUACCUGUUGACGUCGCCCAGUAUACUGUGUUGGUGCCUGCCCUGUGGAACACUGAGGUCCAAGACUGGGAGCUUAAAUGUAUGAACAGUCUGGUGCUUGACGAGACCCACCAUGGACCCAAAGCAGAACAGUGCGAAAAGCAGACAGUCGGAGUGCCCAGCCAAGUCAGCCAAGAAAGGAAGGAAAAAGACAAUGUAUCAGCACCAUCAGAAGGAGAAAAGACAACUGAGAAAGACUUACCAGUCACCGGGGCUAAAAGUGUACUGACACGGGUGUUGCAUCUGGCCCAGCGGUACCUUUUGGACCCAAUGGGUCGACAGAGGGUUGAAGUGAGGAGUUCACAAACACAAGCAAGGCCCAGACAGCGUAGUCCUGCACCUGGACGAGUUUUCAGGAGUCGGACGUCAGCUUCACUACCACAAGUUCAGAUCAGAUCCAGGAGGCGCAGCCAGCAGAGAGGCGGAGCACACCAGCCAGUAGUACAGGGGAGCGGUGGUGAUGUCACCAUGGAUCCCGCCACUGUGACAUCUGGUUGUUCCAAAAGUGACAGAUCAGAACAAACCUUCAAGAGGGCAGGCACAGGACCUGUUGGGAAGGUGGCCAGUCGUCGUAGCAACCACUGCCUCAUCCCACCUAUCAGAGUCAAGUCCCUCCGCCUUCUACGAAACUGCAAGAAACCACUGAACCAGACGCCCCCUCCCUCCUCUAUCCUCCCCUCAUCCCUCCGCUCUUCCACCCUUCCUCCAUCCUCCUCCGUCCCAUCCUCCAGUCUUCCAACAUCCAGUGCUCCUCAAGGCGGGGAGCAACACACGCAGCAAGACACGGCCAGGACCGCUCUCAUCAUUGAGUUGUCAUCCAGACAUCAGACCAGCGUCCCAUUCAGGAACGCCAGAGAGUCGAAGCUCAUCUAAUACUGAGGAGGGGAGGAGGACACGAUGAAACAAGUGAAGGGCUAAAAUGCACUAAAUGUUUGCAUUAUGUACAAAACCACACUAGUUACUUCAUCAGGAGAUCUUAACCUUGUUUCGUAGAAGCCAGGCGAGUAACCAGAUUUAAGUAUGAAACCUGGUGAACAGAGAAUGUCUUAAUACUGAUUAUGUUUUGAGUAUUAUUAGUGUGUGUGUGCAUGUGCGCUCAUGCACAUGUGCACCUGCAUGUAGCACAAACCUAUUUUGAUACAACUGUUUUUCUGGUGCUGUUUUUUUUUCCAGUUGACCUAUAAAUGCUUAACGAUGGCUCUGUUUUUAUUGUCUUACAUAGU